UGUAUACCGUUGUUGUUCUCUUGUUGAUCUGAUUGUUUCUAUUGUUCUCAUUUGUAAGUUGCUUUGGAUAAACGCGACUGCUAAAUGAUUAAAUGUAAAAUGUAAAUGUAAGACGACGAAGUGGAUGAAGCACAUUCUGACCUUACUUCAAGGUUUAUGGGAUUGGUAUCCGACAUUUUGAUGAGAGGGGAAGAUGUAUCUCCAGUUCCCUUGUAGUUUUGAAGUAUGCUGUCUUUUUACUUUCCUGCCCUCGCUAUGUGUGCAGGUACAUAGCUAUCCAGUAAGCUCCUCCAAAAAGUACACGAAACAGAGUUGUCUUCAGGCAUAUACUGUAUAAUGGAAGUGGUGUAAAACUGCAAAGACAACAGUACAAAAUGUGUAAACUUCUAUAUAUUUGAACAAGGAUAAACAUCUUAAAUGUGUUUUCCAAGAUAUUACAAUAUUAUAUGCAUGCCUUGCAGGAGCUACAUGACACUUGAAUGAAUCAUUAACUAUUUUACUCUUUCAGAAUAUACCUCCAUGAUAUUUGACCAGAACGAAAUAAUAUUUAAACAUUAUUGUUAUUAAGAAAAAACUUACAGACAAUGCCUUUUCAAGGGUAAAUGAAGAUUAGCUGGAGAUGGAUCCAUGUGCUCCCUCAAGAGCUAUAUGGCAAAAUGGCUUAACAGAUUUACUUGAAUAAACAAAUCGCCACUAGGGGUCGCCAACGACAAAACAAACAGGGAUCAGAACAGCAUCAUAUGACCCCUUUAACAUUCAGGACAGUUAUGCCCCAUUUUAAUGUGUUUAUGUAUUUGCAGAAAUAAUGCCAGCUACUUCUGAAGAACAGCAGGCCCUCUAAAAUGAGUUUCUAUGAGAAGAGAAAAGGAGCUAUUUCUGCUCAGACUAAAAGGGCAGGAACUCCAGAACCCAGCUGUGUGUCUAUGAAGAGUGAUGUAUCUAUGGGCAUGCCACCUGAAUUCAGUGGUGGAGCAGUGAACUCUGACCCCAAGUGUUUGUUGCAGGUUUUUUCCAAAUGUGGAGUCUGUGAGCAGUUUCUGAGAGAUCCAGUCUCAAUUACCUGCAAACAUAUUUUCUGCAGACAGUGUAUCAGCUGCUACUGGGAUAAGUUCAGUCAAUCUGAAGACUUUGACUGCCCUCAAUGCAAGAAGAGGUCUAUAAUAUGUCCUGUUCUACAAACAUCUAAAGUCUCAGGAGGAUCCAGUUCUGCUCUCUGUUACACAAACCUGCAGCAGGAUUCUUUGGUGGAUGAUAUCCUGCAGAGAGUCAAAGAGAAACACAAAACCAGCAUGAGGAACAAGUAUGAGUGCUUAUUUGAGGGAAUCAAACUACAGGAGAAUCAAACCCUCCUGAACAGGAUCUACACACAGCUUUGUAUCAUAGAGGGAGAAAGUGAAGGGGUGAAUGAGGAACAUGAAGUGUUACAGAUAGAGAAACCAGCCAGAACACAGCAUUCACAAAACACUCAAAUCCACUGCAGUGACAUCUUUAAAUCCUUACCCGAACAAGGAUGUGAGGGGAAGAGAAGAAAGAUGGAUGACAAAAUAAAGAUUGUUCUUACUAAAGGAGUCGCUGGAAUUGGAAAAACAGUCUCUGUGCAGAAGUUCAUUCUGGACUGGGCUGAGGGAAAAGCAAAUCAGGAUGUAGAUUUUAUGUUUGUGCUUCCAUUUCGUGAGUUGAACUUGAUUAAAGAUGAUCAGUACAGUAUUCACAAAAUUCUGCUUGACUUUCUUCCUGAACUUCAAGAUCUGGACUCAAAGGUUUAUAAUGAAUGUAAAGUUGUUUUCAUCUUCGAUGGUCUGGAUGAAAGCCGAAUUACACUGAGGUUUUCAGACAGUGAGAUGGUUUCUGAUAUAAAUAAGUCUUCAUCAGUUGGUGUAUUAAUUUCAAACAUCAUCAGAGGAGAGUUGCUUCCCUCUGCUCACAUCUGGAUCACCUCCAGACCAGCAGCAGCCAAUCAAAUCCCUUCAAAAUACAUCAGCCGUGUGACUGAAAUUCAGGGAUUCAGUGACCCUCAGAAGGAGAAAUAUUUCAGGAAGAGGAUCAGUGACCAGCAUCAAGCCAGCAGAAUCAUCUCACACAUCAUAAGAUCAAAAAGCCUCCACAUCAUGUGCCACAUACCAGUCUUCUGCUGGAUCUCAUCCACUGUGCUUCAGAGCAUCCUGGAACAAGAUGAGAGUGCAGAAAUCCCUCAAACUCUGACUGAAAUGUACAUCCACUUUCUGCUUAUUCAGAUAAACAUAAGGAAUCAGAAGUAUGAUGGGAGAGAUCCUGGAAAACUCCGGAAGUCCAACAGAGACGUGAUUUUGAAACUUGCUGAACUGGCUUUCAAACAGCUGAAGAAAGGCAAUAUCAUGUUCUAUGAGGAGAAUCUGAAAGAGUGUGACAUAGAUGUCAUUGACGCCUCAGUGUAUUCUGGGAUUUGCACCGAGAUAUUUAAGGAGGAAUCUGUGAUUCAUCAGAGGAAAGUCUACUGCUUCAUCCAUCUGAGUUUUCAGGAGUUUCUUGCUGCUAUUUAUGUGUUUUAUUGUUAUGUAAUUAACACUGUGGAGGUACUAAGGUUUUUUGAUUCCCUGCAUAAUUUGCUCAGAGGAGCAGUAGAUAAAGCCUUAGAAAGUGAGAAUGGACACCUGGAUCUUUUUCUCCGGUUCCUGUUGGGCAUCUCACUGGACUCCAAUCAGAAACUCUUACAGGAUCUACUGACUAACACUCACAGCUGCUCAAGGAGCAUUGAGAAAACAACUGCUUAUAUUAAAGACAAAAUUAAACAUGGACAUAAUCUUUCAGAUGACAGAUCCAUCAAUCUUUUUCUUUGUCUCUUUGAAAUGAAAGAUCAGACUUUGUACAGAGAGAUUCAGGAGUUUCUGAAAUCAGACAAACACUCAGAGAAAAAACUCUCUUCUGCACUUUGCUCAACAAUCGCCUACAUGUAUCAGAUGUCAGAAGAUGUGCUGGAGGAACUUGAUCCCAAGAAAUUUAAUACAUCAGAAGAAGGUCGCAGAAAACUCUUACCAGCUGUGAAAAACUGUAGAAAAGCUCUUCUUGCUGAUUGUAAUCUCACUGAUAAAUCCUGUGAAAUUGUGGCCUCAGCUCUACAAUCAUCAAACUCCUUCCUAAGAGAGCUGGACAUGAGUAACAAUGACUUGCAGGAUUCAGGAGUGAAGCUUCUCUCUGAUGGACUGAAGAGUCCAAACUGUCAACUAGAGAAACUGAGAUUAUCUGGCUGUAUGGUGACAGAGAAAGGCUGUUGUUGUCUGGCCUCUGCUCUGAGUUCCAACCCCUCAUACCUGAAAGAGCUGGAUCUCAGCUACAAUCACCCUGGACACUCCGGAGUAAAGAUGCUGUCUGAUCGACUAAACCAUCCAAACUGCAAACUGGAGAUACUCAAUUUUGACCAUGGAGAGUCCUUCAGAAUCACACCAGGACUGCGGAAAUAUGCCUGUGUUCUCACAUUUGAUCAAAACACAGUAAACACUCAUCUCAUUCUAUCUGAGAACAACAAAAAGGCAACCUAUUUGGAAGAGGAGCAGGCAUAUCCUGAUCAUCCAGAAAGAUUUGAGCACUACGAGCAGGUUCUGUGUAGAGAGAGCCUGACUGGACGCUGUUACUGGGAGGCUGAAUGGAGUGGCUGGAGUCAUAUAGCAGUCACAUAUCGAGGUAUCAACAGGAAAGGAGGGAGCGACUGCAGGUUUGGACUCAAUAAAAAGUCCUGGAGUCUGGUCUGCUCUGGUAAAAAUUACUAUGCCAGGCAUAAUAAUGCAAGAACUGAUAUACCUGCACCCUUGUUAUGUUCUAACAUAAUAGGAGUGUAUCUAGAUCACCCAGCUGGUUCUUUGUCUUUUUACAGUGUUUCCUCUGAAACUGGUCAAAUGAUCCACAUUUACACCUUCCACUCCACAUUUACUGAGCCCCUCUAUGCAGGGUUUGGUGUUGGGGUUGACAGUGGAUCUUCAAUAUGUUUAUGUUAAAUACAGAAGCUGUGAAUUAGGUGUGUCAGACACUCAAACCAUGAGCUUAAAACAGCCUGUGGAGGAAGUAAACUAUGACCAUGCGUCCCAAUGUGCAUACUAUCCAACCUGUCUGCCCUAAAUAGUAUUGAAAAUUACUAAUAUCACAUAGGAUUUAAUAUGGAUAGUAUGCACAUUGGGACACAGGCAGAGUUUAGCUCCAACUCUAAUUAAACACCUGAACCAGCUAAUCAAGGUCUUCAGGAUUACUUGAAAACUAAUGGUACUGUAGGUGUGUUGGAGCAGGUUUGAGUUGAACUCUGCAGGACUGUGGCCCCCCAGGAGCAGAGUUUGACACCUAUGUGCUAAAAUGUGCUUAAAUUAUUUAUUUAUUAUGUUAGUGUGAUAUGUCUGUAAGUCAUGUCACAUUAUUAAAACAAUUUUUUAUUUAAAAUGGCAAAUUUAUAAGUGAAUUAAAUGUGCUUUACUUCCAGUAUAAAACAUACUGACUGAUGUAUUCUUAUCUGUAAAUAACUAUGUGUGUGUGUAUAUAUAUGUGUGCGUGUAUAUAUAAAUGAGAAUUUCAAGCUUGUAUUUCCAUUUUGCAUAACAGGUGACCCUAUUAGUAAGCUAAACAUUGUUUAAUAUAUGCACGUCAAACAGAAAGAGAAAUCAGUUGCAUUUAGUUAAGUUAUGCAUUUAGUUAUUUUUAACUGCAAUACUAUUGAGGAAAUAAAUAAGUGUUUUAAAAUUACAGAGAUAAGCAUAGAAGCAUGUUAUUAUAAUCAGUUAAGUGAAUGUGGGUUCCUGCUGAACGUUUGACCUCUUAAUCUUAAAAAGUUUGUGCUCUUGAUUUUUUUUUCUUUUCUUGUUCGUCACUGCAUCGUUUUCAUUUCGGUAAAGUGUUAACUUACAGUUCUGAUUUAGGUUUAACUUUUUUUUUUUUUAAAUGUUAUGGAGUUCUUAUUUCUCUUUUUGCAAGUUUAUAUUAAAGUCGUUUUGCACCA